GCAUGCUAGUGUUUGCUAGUGUUGGACUCGUUUACGGGUAACAAGGCCACAAGAACAUCCGCUAAAUCCAUCCGAAAGGGUUUCAUAUUGAAUCCGAUUUCUUCUUCUUUCCGAAUAUCCAAUCCGACAAGGUUUCAAAACCCUCGAUCUUAUGCCCGUCACCUUAGGGCCCGUGGAUCCGGAUUUACAGACGAAAUCAAUCUCUUUUAUCAUACAAGGCAGACACCAGAGCGAGGGAAAUUGGAGGCGAUGGCUGCGAAGCAGCAGCAACAGCAACAGUUUUCCGGCGACGGGUUUACGUCUCACAUUGCCGGAAUGUCUAAGAGCCAACUCUAUGAAAUCAUGUCCCAGUUGAAGGUUUUGAUCGAUCAGAACCAGAAGCAAGCGCGGCAGAUUUUAAUAGAAAACCCUCUUUUAACCAGAGCACUUUUCCAGGCACAAAUUAUGCUUGGAAUGGUACAACCUCCACAAGUGAUGCCCACUAUUCCGCAGCAAAGCUUGCCCCAAUCAGCUCCAUCAGGACACAAACCUAUUAUUCACACUAAUCAACCAUUGCCAGCUCAAGCUGGAUUACAGGGUCAAAAAACUACACCCCAACCUUCAGUCCCAGCCAGGCCGCAACAACACCAAUACCCACCCAUUUCCAUCGCUACCGCAUCCGUUCCAACACUAGCGAGCUAUCCUUCCCAACAAGUGGUUUCCACUCCUGCGCCAACACAGCAAGCUAAGACAUUUUUCAGUGGUCCUCCAGGACUCCCUCCCCAUUCUUCUCAGAUUCGUAACAUUCCCCAACCCCCUCAUCCUCUCUCACAUUUCUCGAUGCUUCAAUCCCAUUUGCCGAUGGUAUCCAGUCAGCCACAGCCACAGCCACAGCCACAGCCGCAGCCAUCUUUACAGGCUCCCGGAAUGUUUCCCCAGCCACUUCAACCCCCUCUUCCACAGCAGCCGAGGCCUCCUAUGCAGCAUUUCCCACAUCAGUUACCCUCACAGAUGCCUCACAGUCUUGGUUUUCCGCCAUCCAGUGCUCCGCAACAUCUUUUGUCGCCACCUUUGUUUCAUUCUGGUGGCUUACCCCCUUCUUCUUUCCCACAAGGGCAACCGCCGCUACCAAAUCUGCCACCACCUCAACAGUUCUAUCAGGGUGGAUUGAUGAGUUCAGACUACAGAAACCAGGCUGGAGCCUCCAUGCAUGCUGAAAGAGGACCUUUUAUACCGGGCUUGACAGAAAAACCCGCCGCUGGCCCGUUAACCGGCGCACUGCCACCACCCCUUGGCCAGAUAGCCGCCGGUCCUGCUGGGCAGUCCCCUCGCUUGCCACUGCUAUCGCCGGAGAUGGAGAAGGCCGUGCUCCAGCAGGUGCUGAUGCUCACACCUGAACAAAUUAAUCUGCUGCCUCCGGAGCAAAGAAAUCAGGUGCUUGAAAUUCAGGAAAUUUUGAGGUAGCAUUGAUGAUGAACAUGAAAUUUGUUGCAUUGAUUCAAGGAUUCAAACAAAAUGCUGCAAAAGAGGAGUUAUUAAUGAACUUUUUACUGUGGUGCUGAUCUUAUGUUUUAUCAUUUGGGUGAAUGGUUUGUAGGGAUGGCAUUGAAUGUACCAAAUUACUAA